AUGGCGACACCAGGCAACGAAGAGAGCAGCGUGGACGCAGAGAAGCCUGCGCUCGGUCGCGACAAGCUCCAGAUCAUACUCGUCGGCACUGAGGUCCAAGCCAGUUUUCGAGUGCCCCUAGAGACCUUCUUCACGACCUCAAAGUACUUCACUGCUCUAUGCAGUGACCGCUGGAAGAGACCUGCGGAUGAAGUACUUCGACUCCCGGACAUCGAACCGAGGAUCUUCAACGUGUAUUGCGGCUGGCAGGAACAUGAGCACAUCGAUCUGGCAUACCUGAAUCUUGGAAAUACUGGCUUUCCGGACGCCACGGAGGCUAGAUGCGAUGUCCUCAUCCGCGCCUACGCUCUCGGAGAUAUGGUGCUUGACGUCAAUUUCCGCGAUACUGUUGUUGAUCGGGUCGCUUCGAUGGUCUCGGGCGGUGGACGCAUAUCAUCAGCAGCAAACGUCACCACACUCUACGACCUUGUGCCCCGACGCUCGAAACUGGCUCUACUCUUCGUUGUUGACUGGUCCCACCGUCGCUACGGUAUGCGCAUUUAUCGUGACCACCUCUCCGACAUGCCCCAGGACUUCGUUGUGGAGAUCGCCAUGUACUGUAUUCGCCGCCAACACCUUCACCAUCUUCCCCGGGGCCCAAUCGACAAUUGUCGCUAUCACGAACACGAGAGUGUGGAGGCUGCGGCCUUGCUGGAUACGUCUACCGCACUGGAAGUAGCAGCACAAAAGCGAGGCAUAGCAUGA